AAUUAGUUCCACCCCGCCUCCCUGUUUGUCUUGCUUUAAUCUGAAAACCACAGCGAGCAGCAGUGACCAAAGAAAUACCUCUGCGCCACGCGUCACCCGACAUUCAAAAUCCCUCGUCAACACAACAGGAGCUGCAUUCUGUUUCGACAUUCAGUCCAAGAAAUCUGCUAGCCCCGGAUUUUCGACAAACUUCUGCUACCUCGUUCUCCUCUCAGAUGUCCGGACACGAGGAUUUAGGUCCCUACUCUGAGAGCUCCCGUUCAACAGGGACAGUACGGCACAUUAGCCAACAAGACAGGACGCCGGCAGAACCACAGACGCCUCUCGCAAGUGGAGACGCAAGCAGAGAUGUUCCAAGUUCCCUCGAAUCUUUUAGCAGCGCGGCUGAACAUAUCCGGACGCACUCUCCGGAGAAUAUCGCAAGCACGGAAUCCAGGUUAUCCAGGACAUCGUCUGCAGCUUCUUCCUUGAGAGGGAGGAUAUCUUCUCCGGAUAGGAAGCCUCGGAGACCCUCCACUACUCGCCGGACUUCCACGGUGGGACAUCCUCAUAAAGGACAAGAGUUCAGCGUCGACGACGAAACGGAUGAAGUAGAGGAGGAUUUGGGACAACGACAUAGGAGCGCUACCGGGAGUACUGGGUUUUCAGCUAUGAGGCGACAUUCGCAGCUAUUGAGACGGAGAACAACUCCACAGACAGCUCUUUCGGACGUCGACAGCAUGGGUGGUGAGCCUGUUUCUCAACAGGGUGACCCGCCAAGCGAGGAGCAGGAGACGGAAGGGGAGGAAGAUGGUGAAGAACGUACCGUGAGGGGGGGAACCUACGAAGCGAGUGAUGCUGGCAGCGUGGAAUCAUUUACUCUGAAAGAUCGUCAAGAAGCAAUCAACGUUACCCAUCCCUUCGGUAUCAGGAUAUGGAAGCCCGCAUUGUACAAGAAAAAUCGUUCAGUGCAAAGGACAGCAGAAGGGGACAUCCAUUCAGCGCCCGGUGGAAGAGUCGGGAAUGCUUUGUUCCUAGUAAACAUCCUAUGGGUUUUGCUCUUCGGAUGGUGGCUUGCGCUGGCUUCUCUGGUCGCUGCGAUGACUUGCUACUUGUUCUUUUUCACCUAUAGCGCCAGGGAAUAUGGAAGGGUUCUUCUUGGCCUCGCUGGAUAUCUAUGGUAUCCGUUUGGUCGUUUUGUAGAGCUUAAGCAAGAAGAAGCAUAUGCGGAAGAGGACGAGGGUGAAGGUAGAAGCAUUAGUGAAUAUGAACAAUGGCAGGCCGGUGAUAUUGAGGAGGGUCAAACAUUCUUUGGGCCGCAUACUCCCAGAACCCUUGUGGGCCGCAGACGAGAGAGUCUUGAUUCCGUGAGCGAGAGCGAUUCGGUUCUUGGGACUGGCGAACGAACAGGGCUAUUGAGCGGUUUCCAGUCACAAAGGAAGAAACGGAGAUUAUUUGGCCGUGGCCAAUGGAACGUUGGAAGGGUGCUUUUUUUCGUCUGGUUUUACUUCAUUAUCGCUCCACUGCUGUUGUUUGUCUCUUGCCUUUGUUGGUUGCUUGUCUUCACGAUUCCUAUGGCUAAGGUUACCGCCCUUUUAUGCGACCAUCUUCGUCGGCAUCCGUUAGCGCUAUCGUUUCAUUCGGAUCAUACCUACAGCAGGAGACCCGGAACACCUUCUACCUCGAUCCUGCUCUGCACCUAUCGUGCCGUGGGCUGGAAGUACUACAAAUAUACCAUCGAUGGAACGAAUAUCUUUUUCAUCAACUUGAUGAUGGUGGUGUUCUUCGUCAUAGCCGAUCACUAUGCUCUGGGUAAGGCUUUGGGUCGGGAUACUCUGUUAACGACCCCGGCGAUGGUCUUCACUUUGAGUUUAUGCUCUGUGAUCCCUCUGGCGUACUUCAUUGGACAGGCCGUGGCUUCGAUUUCCGCGCAAUCAAGUAUGGGAAUGGGUGCUACGAUUAACGCCUUCUUCUCCACUAUCGUUGAAGUAUACCUUUAUUGUGUUGCCCUGAAAGAAGGGAAGGGGAGGUUGGUUGAGGGAAGCGUCGUCGGGAGUAUCCUUGCCGGCGUUGUCUUUAUGCCCGGGCUUAGCAUGUGUUCGGGUGCUAUCAAACGAAAGACUCAGCGAUUUAAUGCGAAGUCUGCUGGUGUUACUUCUACUAUGCUUCUUUUUGCUGUAAUCGGAGUGUUCGCACCAACCCUAUUUUACCAGAUUUAUGGGACUUACGAAUUAGCUUGUCGGGCGUGCCGUCCUGAGAAAGAUCCUCACCAUGCGGAUUGUCGUCGCAAUGAGUUUUAUAGGGAUGCGGUGCAGCCAUACACCUACAUAGCCGCAGUUUUCCUGUUUAUAUCCUAUGUGAUUGGACUGUGGUUCACCUUGAGGACUCAUGCCGCUGUUAUUUGGCAUUCGGUUCCUCCAGUCCAGCCCCCCGCACAACCCACCCAUCCUCCCGUUGUAGAGCCUGUUCGUGGGCCCUCAUCACGAGGUCACGAUGGUAUUGGCAAUCAACAGGGCUAUGGGACAACGGCUGGAGCAUCAACAUCUGGCUCACUUCGUGAUAAUGUAAUGUUUAAGCGGAUCUUGGGACAAUCCUUGGAUAACUUUGGGCUGAGAGUAGAUGGCGCUGGAAGUUCUGCUAACUCGCAAAGUCGAGGGUCAACACUACAUGUGGUUCCACCGCGUUCGGCAGAUGAUUUAUUGACACCUUCCACUACUGCUGGCUCGCGGGAUACACCUACAUCUCACAGAUUAUUCGCGGAGGAGAACGCUGAGUUCGUCCGCAGCAUGGCAGAAAUAGCUGCCGUGACAACCACCGCUGCUUAUCAAGACUUCCAACGUCAUGGUAUGGGGAGAAAGAGUUCUACUACACCUGCCAGGCCGGCAUUGCAUUCCAUGCCUAUAGUUGAAGAAGACAUUGUGGCUGUUCCGGAUGCUGGACAUGGGGGUCAUGACGCACCGAAUUGGAGUCGGGCUAAAAGUUCCAUAAUUCUGCUUGGAGCAACAGUGCUAUACGCUGUAAUUGCGGAGAUUCUGGUUGAUACAGUGGAUGUGGUACUGGAGAAUCUCGAUAUUGACGAGAAAUUCCUUGGAAUGACAUUGUUUGCUCUUGUGCCGAACACCACUGAGUUUUUGAAUGCGAUCUCAUUUGCAAUGAAUGGUAAUAUUGCCCUUAGUAUGGAAAUUGGUUCCGCCUAUGCCCUUCAAGUAUGCUUGCUCCAGAUCCCUGCUCUAGUAUUCUUUAGCGCCUUCUUCGCCAUGGAAGCUGCGCCAAUGGAUCUUGUGAAAAAUACCUUUACAUUGAUAUUCCCCCAAUGGGACGUGGUUACUGUUAUUCUUUGCGUGUUCUUGCUGUCGUACAUGUAUGGCGAGGGAAAGAGUAAUUACUUUAAGGGGUCCAUCUUGCUCCUAAGCUACCUUACAGUCAUGAUGGGCUUUUACUUCAGUUCUUUUGCGAAGAACGUUCAGACUGGAAAAAUAAUCGUGGGGGCCGGAUCCAAAGGUUAUGGAUCCAGUAAUAUCCCUUCAGACUUGCUCUAACCCAUUCGCCCCCGUACCCCAGCACUUCUUCCGCACACUCAUUUUAGCCAUACAAAAAAACAAAAAACUUCCAGGGUGUAAUGUAAUAUUCAUUAAUUGGUUGGCCUUUUCCCAUCUUCCUUACCCGCCCCCUACCUAAAUCUUGCUUUUAAAUCUUCACACGAUGUUUCCCUUCCCCUCUUCGCAACUGAUAGGCAUACCCCUGGCCGUUUAUGGCAACGGUGUUAGCGUUUCAUAUGUUCUCUCAUUUUCUGUAUUCUAGUUGUUUCCGCGCUUGGUGCUAGAUAAUCAUGUGCUGGUCUAGGGUGCCUCAUUUUGCACUCAGCUACUGGUGUUAGAGGUGGUGGUUGUG